CGUGGUCAUGUUGUUGGAAGGCGUAACUGUUGGAAGUCACUAUUCACCACAAACAUUGAGGUAGUUGACAGGGCGAGGGUGAAAGUCUUCACGUCCAUCGAAGCCACGCCUAACGAAACAAACAUUUCAUUGGAUUUUGGAGACGUGUGUCACUUUUCUAACGUCUGUUAACAGUCUGUCAGAAAUGGCUGCUCAGUGUGUGACCAAAGUGGAGUUGACAGUUUCCUGUGAUAAUCUCCUGGACAAAGACAUUGGCUCCAAAUCAGACCCUCUAUGCGUCCUGUUAAUGAGCACCGCGAACUCCCAGUGGUAUGAGUUGGAACGCACAGAAAAAGUCCAGAAUUGCCUCUGCCCAAAAUUUGCCAAAAAGUUUGUCAUCGACUACUACUUUGAGAUGGUGCAGAAAUUGAAAUUUGGCAUUUAUGACAUUGACAACAAGACCAUUGAUCUUAGCGAUGAUGACUUCCUCGGAGAACUGGAGUGUACCUUGGGCCAGGUUGUGUCCAGUAAAAAACUGACCAGGCCGCUGGUCUUGAAGAACAAGUCACCCGCAGGAAAAGGGACCAUCACAAUCAGUGCUGAAGAAAUCAAAGAUAACCGGGUGGUAAAUUUUGAGGUGGAGGCAAGAAAACUGGACAACAAGGAUUUCUUUGGGAAGUCUGACCCCUAUCUGGAAUUCUACAAGAUGACAGAAACUGGCUGGCAACUGGCUCACAGGACCGAGGUGGUGAAGAACAACUUGAAUCCUACAUGGAGACCCUUCCGAAUCCCCCUGCAAUCUCUCUGUGGCGGAGACAUGGAGAAACCUAUAAAAGUUGACUGCUUUGAUUACGACAGCGAUGGCUCGCAUGAUCUCAUCGGUACUUUCGAGACCACAAUGAAGCGCCUUCAAGAAGCAUCGCGUACCUCACCGGCAGAAUUUGAAUGCAUCAACAGUAAAAAGAAACAAAAGAAGAAAAGCUACAAGAACUCUGGUGUUGUGAGUGUGAAGCAUUGUCAGGUGGUCAAAGAAUACACAUUCCUGGAUUAUAUUAUGGGGGGCUGUCAACUCAAUUUCACCGUGGCAAUCGACUUUACAGGUUCCAAUGGGGAUCCAAAGUCCCCUCUCUCUUUGCAUUACAUCAGUCCACAGGGCAUAAACGAAUACCUCUCUGCUAUUUGGUCAGUGGGCAACGUCAUCCAGGACUAUGAUAGCGACAAGAUGUUUCCUGCGUUUGGCUUCGGGGCCCAGAUCCCCCCAACAUGGCAGGUGUCCCACGAGUUUCCACUCAAUUUCAACCCAACAAAUCCAUUCUGUGCAGGUGUUGAAGGGAUAGUGGAGGCCUACAGGGUUUGCCUUCCCCAGGUCAAACUUUAUGGUCCAACAAACUUCUCACCGAUCAUCAACCAUGUAGCGAGCUUUGCACAGCAAGCCCUGCAGCAGAACACCGCCUCACAAUACUUUGUGCUGCUCAUCAUCACCGAUGGAGUGAUCACCGAUAUGGAUCACACACGUAAUGCAAUCGUCAACGCCUCGCGUCUGCCCAUGUCCAUCAUAAUCGUGGGGGUGGGCGGCGCAGACUUCACCGCUAUGGAGUUCCUGGAUGGAGACGACGGCCGUCUUCGCUCUCUGACUGGCGAGCCUGCCAUGCGUGACAUCGUCCAAUUCGUACCAUUCAGGCAGUUUCAAAAUGCACCCAGCCAGGCUCUUUCACAAAGCGUAUUGGCAGAGUUACCUCAACAAGUGGCGUCCUUCUUUGGGUUACUCAAACUGAAGCCUCACCACGAGCCCAGUUCUUCAUAGGGGCUCCAAAAGAAGCAUUGGCGAAGAGUGUGUUGGCUGAAGUUCCGGGUCAACUCGUGGAGUUUUGCAACACCAUGAAGCUGAGUCCACCCAACACCAAUCCUGUGUCAAAAUCUGCAGAGGCCAUCUGAUGUUGCUGCACAAAUCAACCGGAACCCAGACCACGGCACAGUACCCCCUUUCUACCUGACUUAAUCUGCAGACUAGGAAAUGCAAAGGAAACACUCCAAAUUAUUGCCCAGUCAUACUCUUUAUAAAAAGCAUGUUGUUCUGCCCCUCAAAUCUAAAACAUUAUAUUCCAGGCAGCUCACUAAAGAUGAACCUUCACUGACCAAUUUCAUCCUUGAUGACAGGGCAGGCACUCCAAUUAUUUGUAUACAAACAUCAGUCUAUAGUACGUUUCCCUUAAGUCCAUAGCCGUUCAUUCUAACAUUUACUUUUAUAUACACUGCUGCUGUUUUUAUAAUCUGUUCUGUAGUGCGGGUGCUUUAUUUUUUUAAGAAAAAAAAAGUUAAAUAAGCCAGUCUUGUGUUUAACUUGUGCCAUGAAGAGUUAGUAGCGAUUGAAUAAUUUUAGGCAUCAACAAUCCUGUCGUCAGUACGAGCAAGUUUACAAUCUCAUGUAAUCAAAUCGCUUUUUACAAUGGUGUUUUGCAAAACAAUUAUUGUUGCCUUUAAAAUGUUAUUUUAUUCACUGAAAUGACAAAGCCCUACACAUACCAUAUAGUAUGCUAUAUUUUAAGCGCACUUAUUUGAAAUGUACAAAUGCCAUUGUGAUUUAAUUCUUUUACUUGAUUAAUUAGAAGCACUUCUCAGAGAACCAAUGCCACAAAAACUAGGAUGUUUUUGUUCACAGAGGAAACAAAAAUAAAAUGCAUCAGUGUUAAUAUACAGUAGACAUAUUUAUCGUAAAUAAAAACUGACAUUGCAAGUCUA